AUGCAUGACUGGUACCCCACCAACAAAUCCCAAUACAACGACCUCCAGGAAUUAAACGCCAAGAAAUCGCGUAUUAACAUACCAUUCAUGCAGACAGGGGAGUGCCUUCACGGUGUAGGAUCGUUCAAGCAAUCGAUGUUUCCUCAAGUGAUCGGCAUGGCAGCAUCUUUCGAUACCAACUUAGUGCAUCGAGUUGGGCGAGCUAUUGCGACCGAGGCACGCUCGAUCGGAAUACACGCUUGCUUUGCACCAGUGCUUGAUCUUGCAAAGGAGCCACGGUGGGGUCGGGUGCAAGAGGAUUGGGGUGAGGAUAUGGUUCUUACCUCCCACAUGGGUGUCGCAUUUGCUUCCGGUCUAUCGAAAAAUAGUACUUGGUCAGAUUCGGAUGCUGUCAUUCCCGUGAUGAAGCAUUUUGCAGCUCACGGAAGUCCUCAAGGCGGUCAUAAUGCAGCGCCUUUCAUGGGUUACGGAACCCGUGAGGUCCUCCAGGAGAUGCUUGUUCCCUUCAAGGCAGCUGUGGAUUUGGGUGGAGUCAAAGGUGUGAUGAUGGCAUACAGCGAGUUUGACGACGUUCCUUGCUCGGUAAACCCCCUCCUAUACCAGGCAUUGGAAGACUGGGGAUAUGAUGGUUUUGUAACUGCAGACGACACGGGGAUCUCCGAGCUAUUGUACACACAUCUUGUCACUAGCUCGGUGGCGGAUACGAUCGCUCAAUGGCACAACGCAGGUGGAAUCAUCCAGUAUUAUGAUUUUCCACUAAGCGAAUAUGUUAAUGCAACGGUUGAUCUAGUCGCCAAUGGCAAAAUCGCAUUAUCGGAGCUACAAUCACUUGCAAAACGUGUCCUGGGUGUCAAAUACGAUUUGAAUCUUUUUAACGACCCAUAUAUUGCCGAAGAUAUCGACUCGCAAGUAAUCACUGCAUCUCAUGUUCCCCUUACGUUAGAGGCCGCCCAGAAAAGUAUUGUUCUUCUCGAAAACAACAACUCCACGCUUCCUUUGCAACCCGAUAAGCAGAACAUCAACACGAUUGCUCUGGUAGGGCCUUUCAGCGAUACAUUCAAUUUUGGAGAUUACUCAGGUCAAUUUGGAGGCUAUCCGGUGAAAAAUGCAAGCACAAUCCGUCAAGGUAUCACCGAACACCUGGCAAGCAACUUCCCGGACACGAAAUUGCUCACAAGUUGGGGUGCCAAUUCUUGGAGUUACAACGGACAGUACAACGUACCUCCAUACUUGCUUUCUGUGAACGGGACCUCUGGUGGAUUGAUGGCAACAUAUUUUGCAGAUACAAAUUUCACUGAUGCGAGAGUACAGAAGCUGGAGACACCAAGUCUUGACUGGGGGCUUUAUCCACCUGAUGGCCUGCCCUCGAACAAUUUCAGCGUCAUUUGGGAAGGCGACGUUGAGAUACCUGUGGACAUCACGACUGAUGGGUGGUUUGGUGUUGCAGUUUAUGCUAAUACGUCUGCUAAGCUCUAUAUCGAUGGCAAGCUGCAUGUGAGCGUUGAGCCCACCACGGCUGGCAAUAUACUCUCAGAUAUCCCUGGCAUCUCCUAUACCUCAGUCAACUCGACAAUCGCACCACCAGGCUCGGCAGCUUUUUCUUUUGGGAAACAGGCCAAGCAUCAAAUCAGACUGGAAUAUCAAGCCUGGAACUACGUACAGAAAUUUGAAAACGUCAAUUCGCUUAAUGCUCAGGUUAUCCUGUUUUGGAAUUUGGUUGAUCCGGUUCAUGCUGUCGAUCAAGCAGUCGAAAUUGCUCGAAAGUCCGAUGUGGUCGUUCUAACCCUUGGCGCUAAUUGGAACAGUGAUGGCGAGUCCGGAGAUCGAGCCACUCUGGGAUUCUCUCCAAAUCAGACUUUGCUUGCGGACGCAAUCUAUGUUGUUGGGAAACCUGUCAUCCUUAUCUUGCAAGGAGGUCGUCCUUUCGCCGCUCCAGAGUAUUACAAUAAAUCUGCAGCAGUGCUGAACACUUUUUUCCCUGGACAAUCAGGUGGACAGGCCAUUUCUGAUGUUCUAUUUGGCACUAUGAAUCCGGGCGGCAGAGUUCCAAUCAGCGUUCCGUACAAUGCUGGCACAUUGCCUGCCUUUUACAACUAUAAACCCUCAUUUCCCCGGGACUAUACAGAUAUUUCGUACAAGCCUUUAUAUCCCUUUGGCUAUGGGCUAUCAUACACGAGCUUCACCGUGGCGAAGUUCCGCUCCACGGUGGACAGCAGUAACGGUACUGAGAAUAAUACUAGAUUUGGAAGCAAGUCAAACAUUACAUUCUCAGUCGAGGUAACCAAUUCUGGCAAUGUUGCAGGAAGCUAUGUCCCACAGGUUUACCUUCUUGGUCGCAUCUCGUCGAUUGUACGUCCGGUCAAGCAGCUUGUCGCUUUCACCCGGGUGUACCUGUCGGCCGGGGAGUCGAGAGAAGUUACUUUAGACCUCGAAGUAAGCCGAUAUCUUCCAAUUUUGGAUCGGAAAUAUGAGUGGACAGUGGAACUGGGUGAUUACACUUUUGCCCUGCUGGAACAUGGAGGGAGCGACGCUGACACUUCGACAAACGUCACAUUGACUUGUGUGGAGUGA